GGUACACCAAAGGGGCAGCGCCCGCUCUCUGCCCGCCCUGGGCCAAGAUGCAAGUAUGGACAUAAUAGCCUAUGAUGAUUACUCCAGUCCACCGCUUCAGAGAUAUUGAAAGGAAACCUGAAUACCUCCAGCCAGAAAAGUGUGUUCCACCUCCUAGCCGCGCUUCCCUGGGAACAAUGUGGUUUAUUCGAGAUGGCUGUGGUAUUGCAUGUGCUGUCGUUACCUGGAUGCUGGUGUUCUAUGCCGACUUUGUAGUCCUUCUUGUCAUGCUAGUUCCAUCAAGAGAUUAUGUUUAUAGUGUCAUCAAUGGCACACUGUUCAACACCUUGGCUUUCCUCGCUUUGGCUUCACAUUUUCGUGCUAUGCUGACAGAUCCAGGUGCUGUACCCAAAGGUAAUGCCACAAAGGAGUUCAUCGAGAGUUUACAGCUAAAGCCAGGACAGGUGGUUUACAAGUGCCCAAAAUGUUGUAGCAUCAAACCUGACAGAGCACAUCACUGCAGUGUUUGCAAGAGGUGUAUACGGAAAAUGGACCAUCACUGCCCGUGGGUCAAUAACUGUGUAGGAGAGAAUAACCAGAAGUACUUUGUACUGUUUACAAUGUAUAUAGCACUGAUUUCCCUGCAUGCUCUAAUCAUGGUGGGAUUUCACUUCUUGUAUUGCUUUGAAGAAGACUGGACAAAAUGCAGUUCCUUCUCUCCACCAACUACAGUGAUUCUUCUCAUCCUCCUGUGUUUCGAGGCUCUCCUAUUUCUCAUCUUCACCUCAGUUAUGUUUGGGACCCAAGUACACUCCAUCUGCACUGAUGAAACGGGGAUCCUCUUCCUCUGUUGUGACCCACCUCUUCUGAGUAGAUUCUCAUGCUGUCUCCUGACUAUGAUGAGCUCUGUGGAAGACAUAUGAGUGCCAACAGCCCUACACAGACACCUUUGGACUUCCUGAAGGAGCACAUUGCUCUUUCAUAAGUGAACUUGAACGGGGAAGCAGACACUUCACUUACCAAAAGAUGCAAGACAACGUGACACAGCAAGAGAGCCAGUUGACCUGGUGAUAGCAUACAGUUAAAGUACUUAACGCAAAUGUUGCCAACACCAAUUCCCACCCCAUCCUCCUUUUUCCUUCCAGCCACAGAACUGAUUCCAUCUUUCUGACAUUAUUUUGUCUGUUCCCUCCUAUGUGCGCAGGUAAUUGUUGCCCUCUGAGGGUAGAUUUAGAAGACUCUUUGGAUUAUUAAAUGCCUUACACUUGCAGGAAAGAAAGAAAUCUAAUUUUCAAGUGUUUAGAAUAGCAGAAUCAUCUUGUUUGUGUGUGUUUGUCUUGGUAAAUGAGUUGUUAGAGCAAUGCCUGCUAAACAGUGUUAAUGUGAAAAACUGACAUGAAUGCCCAGACUACUAUAAAAACUAAUAUUGAUGGGAUGUAUAGGUGUAACACGGUGAUUGAUUCUAUAUUCUUAGCAUUGCCCUGUUUUAGAGCUUUGUAAAUCUUUUCUCGUAUUUAUGCAUACACGUGUGUGUGUGUGUGUGUGUAAACACACACACAUAUACGUGUUAAGUAUUUUAAAGCGGGAAAUACUGACGGUAAGGAGCAUGCAUACUGUUACGAACUGUGUGGUGAUGAAAGUGGGAGGGACAGAAGGCAUUCUAAAAAUGGGUAGAGCUAAACCAUUCAUAACUACAACUGACAUCUUGUGUUCAGGCAGGAAUUUUAUUAAUUUUUUGGAUCACGACUCCCAUGGGCUCGUCAAAUGAAUUGCAAACAAAGGAAAAAUACAAAUCAGCUGUGUCCAUGACUUCCAAGGAAUCUUUUCUUUCCUUGGUUUAAAAUUAAAUGGGUUUUUUUUUUUGAAAAUGACCUGUUUAGACUGCUUCAAAGCCAUGGGGGAAGGGAGGGAAAUCAGGGAAGAAGUUGUUUAAUGGAUGUCUUAUUUUGGAGGUAAUGUGAAUGCUGCAUCUUUUCAAUCUGUCAAUGCUUCCAUAUGGAAAACAAAUGCAAUAAAACUUUUCCAAAAACUUG